GAGUCCACCGCGAGACGUCGACACCAUGCAACGCCCGGCCUACGCAGUACCGCCUGCGAAUUCCCCUCCGCUUCACCACCCCGUACCCCAGCAUGUCUCGACCGUUCCUCAGCUUCGCUCUCCUCCGCCGCCUGCAGGAUCCGCCCAAGGACAGCAGGGCGCCUACGGAUAUGGUCCAAGUCCUGGACAAGGCGCUCCCGGCGAUGCCAACAACUACAUGCAUCCGGCGUUCGGCGGAUUCAUGAAUGAUCCCACAGCCCAGAUGGGCUUUCAAAUAGGAAAGAGCGCUGUGGAUGCUGGACAACAAUAUGCAGAGCAGACCUUCAACCGCUACGUCAAUGUUUCCGCCCUGAAGCAUUACUUCAAUGUCUCGAAUCGCUAUGUCCUCUCAAAACUCCUCAUCGUCCUAUUUCCCUGGCGCCAUCGACCCUGGUCCCGCCAGCAAGCUCGCAGCAACGAUAAUCAAGGCGCAAUGGAGUUCCUCCCACCAAGAGAAGACGUCAACUCGCCGGACAUGUACAUUCCGCUCAUGGCCGUGGUCACAUACAUCUUGCUAUCAACACUCAUAGCUGGUCUGAACGGAAAGUUCAAGCCGGAGCUACUCGGAAUCACAUUCAGUAAUGCGAGCGUGAUCAUCAUACUUGAGCUGGUGGUUUUGUGGCUGGGACGCUACUUUUUAAACAUCAGCAGUGAGAGUCAAAUUUACGACCUCAUUGCGUACAGCGGAUACAAGUUCGUGGGUGUGAUUGUCACGAUCGCUGUGGCUGCGAUCUUCAACCGCGGACAAGGAACUGGAGGAUGGGUCGGAUGGGCUGUGUUCGGCUACACUUUCAUGGCGAACGCCUUCUUUCUGCUUCGAUCCUUGAAGUACGUCCUUCUGCCCACAGACAAUGCUCCAGGCAACCCAGGCAUGCAGACCAUCGCUCGAGGCCAACGCUCGCGUCGCACUCAGUUCCUCUUCGUCUACAGCUACGUCGUGCAAUUCGCCUUCAUGUGGUGGCUCACCGCUUUAGAUGUCAGCGGCGGAAAGGCCAGCAAGAAGAAGUAGACAUGUGCGGGCAAGGCGAGAGGGAUAUACUCAGGCACUUCACGAUUCACCUUUCAUGACAACAGCGUUUCAGCAGGCGGACAGCAUGGAUCAUAUGGAAUGGAGAAGGACUAGGAUCCUCGAAAUGUCCGUUCUGUGUGUAUCAACGCACUCGUUCGGAUGAGCGUCCAUCCAUGGCUCCUCACAUCUCGACGUUAAAAGCUCCUGCCUGCGCCGUUUCUGUGUUCGCAGCAGCCCGGAUCCUUAAUGCUCACUUCCUCCCCGGACGACCAUGCGAGGACUUUCCAUCGAAGCUGAGGUCAUAUGUCCGUGACACUCGACCCAGUAUCUGGUUUGCUGGUCCGUUCGUGCUCGUCACUGUCUAUUGGUCUUACUUCGUCUCCCGCGUCGCGCCCUGCUUCCUGAAGAUUGACGGAAUCCAGGAUUUCGCCUUACUCGCUUGGUUGUCCGGCCGCUCUGUCAAAGCCGGACGGUGGUCUUCGUGCUGCGGCGGUGUGAAGCACGCUGAGUCACUCCUCUUGAUUCUGGCUCCCUCUG